UGGUUAAGUGGCAGCCAUUACAGAUACCUGACUCACCUGGUUAUUUUUACCUGUGUAAAGGUGUGUGACGUUGAAAUUGAUUUAGAACAAAAACAAAAGUUUAGACUUGCUUUCUAAGACAAAAUGAGAUAAGCAAAUGUAACAAUUAACUGGGAAAUGUACCAAAGAACAUCUGUGACAUAGUGAAACCAACAUCAUCGAAAGGACUUUGAUGUUUACCUGCUGAUUAUUUGUAAACAAAUUGUACAGACCUUCACAAACAAUGGGAGGAUAUAGAAUAUACAUAACAAUAUUAGUGAUAUGGAUGGAAAUGACUAUGAUACAAGGAAACUGUCCAAUAGCUGAGUGUACUUGUCUUGAUGGACAGCCCCCUUCUAACGAAAGGAUAAUAGAUUGUCGUGAAAAAGGUUUAUUAAGUGUGCCUGCCAUAAAUGCUACUGAGGAAAUAUUUCAAGAGCUAACACUCAGCAAUGCUCCUGAAUCCAAUUGCCGAGGAUUAAGUCCACAAGCAAAAUGCAACAGAAUUCUACAUAUUUCAAGUAAUGCAUUUGCUGGGCUGAAAGUAAGAAAAAUUGACUUCAGUCAAAAUUACCUGGGAUCAUCAGUGGCAAGUGAUUCAUUUAGAGGGUUGGAAACAUAUCUGACGGAACUCAUUUUAGAGGGUGACGAUACAAACCUUGUUCCGUUUUCAUCAUUGACAACACUUACGAAACUCAAGUCAUUGACACUUGAGCGUUUCACUCUAAAUAACAAUGGCAUUGGCAUUGAGUCAUUUCCGCAAGACUUUACUGAUCUGGAAACACUUGUCUUACAUACACUCAAGAUGCAAUUUAUAUCAAGUAAUUCUGUCUCAGGAAAAUUAAGGAAUCUGAAGAGAUUAGAAAUAUUAGACAAUCCAGACUUCACAACAUUCCCCCUUGGUGCUAUACGAAAACUAACAACAUUAGAACAUAUUCGGUUUGUGCAGAAUGGCAUUCAUACGUUUUAUCAGGCUGCAGAUGCUUUUAUUGGUCUAAAUAAGCUAACCACAUUGGAUUUGUCUCAUAAUGAACUAGCAACCUUACAGGCUGGGUGUUUCAGUCAUUUAUAUGACAAUUUAGAAUAUCUAGGUUUGCACCUGAAUUAUUUAAAUGGACAAAGUUUGGUCACUCUAAAAGAGGGAAACUGGACAAAGCUCGAACAAUUAAUAUUAGACAGUAAUCCGAUAGGUUCCAUUGAAGUAACUACAAAUUUGUUUAAAAAUAUGCCACAUCUGGCAAAUUUAAAUUUACAACAAACCCAACUUACUCGAAUUGGACAAAAUGACUUUGUAGGCUUGUCAAACCUACAAUUUCUUCAUUUAUCUGGGAAUGAAAUCACACAUAUUGAUCCAGGAACCUUUAAUAAAACACCAAGUUUAAAGGAACUCUAUUUAGAUUCCGUUGGCAAAUCAGAUGAUAAAUUGAGCUUCUCCAAAGAUACUGCAGAAGGACUUCAGAACUUGCUACGAAUAGACUUUAAACUGUCUCACAUAGAACCCAUUGCAUUCUGGGAUUCAUUGAAAGUAAUGACUAAUUUACAACACAUAUAUCUAGAAAAUAAUGGACUUUUAAACAUUCCAGACUUAACAUUUCAAUAUCAUACAGAAAUGAAGAGUUUAGAGAUAGCAAAUAAUGGACUAACUGAACUUACACAAGCUCAAAUUCACGGUUUAGGAAACACUCUCACAUCUCUGCAACUAACUGGGAAUAAUAUAAAACUUAUCGAUAAAUGUGUCAUUGAAGAACUUUCUGUGUUAGAGAAUUUAUACUUGGAUCAGAAUCCUAUGCAUUGUGACUGCAAACUGACAAAGUUAUAUGAGUGGGCAAAACUACAGGAAAGUAGUAAUAGUAUUUUUGGAUAUAUUCUAAGAGCUGUCUGCAGUACUCCACAAAAUCUUUACAAUCGACUUCUUACUAAUGUAUCAUCCAGUGACCUUGUUUGUCAACCAGGUACGCAACCAACUCAGUGUCAAACUUUCACAACAUCAACAACGAGUACAACCACGCCAUCUACAACUACUGUUCCUUUACCAGUCAUUUCUCUUAAUAUCGGUGUUCGUGAUGAACAGGGUCUUUCAUUUUCUUGGAAUGUUCUAAAUGAAGAUCAGUUGUCCAAAUUUUUCAUUACCCAUCAACAGCUUGGAACUAGUGAAACAAAUGACCCAGUACAGGUUGAUUCAAACCAAAGACAAUGGACACUGAAUCUAGACUAUCACAAAGACUAUUCAAUCUGCAUCAAAGCAAAAACAACUGACAACAGAGUUACUGUUCCUGACUGCAAGAAUUCGUUAGGAGGUAUUAAGACAACAUUUGCACCAACUGCGAGCCCUUCCACAGGGUUAGGUUCUGGAGAAAUUGCUGCGAUUGGAGCUGGUUGUGCACUCGUCCUUAUUCUCAUCGUAGUGAUCCUUUUCUUCCUAAUAAGGUAUCAAACACGCCCAAAAUAUAAAGACACACCUCCUGUUCACUUUACUGCAUUUGCUGCAAGACCGACAACUGGAUAUGAUUCAAAACGUUUCUCAAAACCAAAGAAACCUCAUGCAAAUGGUGAUCUUAAAGUAAGUGCUAUAUCGUCAGGCAAGACUGGUGAACCGUCAAGUCCUAACAGUCGCCAUUCGGCAGGAAGUUAUCAAUAUCUUAAUGAAAAUCAAAUGAUUAAUAUACAACCCCAUCUAAACAAUGGUAAAGGAGCUAGUGGCACAUCACGUGACCUUCCGUCACCGCCAGGUUACUACCAGAUAACUAACAACCCAAAACAUGCUGCACCACAAGGAUAUCUAAAUGACCCUCAUAUGAAACAAAGAGAGAAUCAAGGAUAUUUAAAAGAUUCCGACUCAAAGGAAAACAGAAAUUUGAGAGAUUCAUCAUCCAAUAAACCUCGAUAUGAUAAAACACCAGGACAACUUAAGGGUCAAGCGCCACAGCCUCACUCUUACGUUAAUGACCAUCAAGGGUCACCCCCAAGUGUUUAUACGAAUGACAUUAAAGAUAGGCCGCUUCCUAAACCAAGGACUAAACAUUAUGAAAAUAAUAACACUGCCGGAUUCUUAAAUCAUGGAUUUGAUCUAGACAGUCCAACACAAAGUCCAACAGACAGUCCGUCAGACCAUACAUAUCAUGAAAUAACUCCAGAAACUGAAAUAUGAAAUCUGGGAUAAUAUAGUGCUAUUAAUCGGAGUCCUUAGCCUGGAUUACAAUGUGAUAUCAUGUUCAGUGUGAGAAUGUGACAUUCAUAAACAGGAAGGAAUUUUAUGAUACUGUGUGCCUACACUCUUUCUGAAAAAGGACUGAUCUGGUACCAGUAUCAGACAUGGUCAAAAGGACAAAGCCAUUCUCAUGCAAAGAACAUAUUUUUUCAAUAAGAGAAAGAUUGCAAGAAAAGAGAAUGAGCUAAUGCCUUAAAGGCUCAAAACAAUUUUGACUGAUUGUGAUAAAAUGAUAUCAGUGAACAUGUAGAUCUGUCCAUUCUUCUCAUGAUUAACUGUUGUAGAGAACGAAAUAUAGAUAAUAUUUAUUUUAUGAGGAACAAUUUAUAGUAAGUAAGUGAUAUAAGCCAAAAUGUACUAGUUUCAUAUCAUACAUCAUAAAAAGUAGUAACUGUGAGUGUUUUAUUUACUUAAUAAGUAAUGUGUACUAUAAUUGGAAUAAAUUUAUGUAUGGCAUGGUAUAUCUAAGAACAUUAUAAUACAUUCAGGUUAAAAUACUGUAAAUAACCAAGGAAGAUCGUAUUUGGAUAAUAAUUUUAUCACUAUGAAAUAUUCACAGAUUAUCAUGAACAGAAUAUGGAAAGAAUUUAAGUGAAAAUACAUUCCUGUCAUAGCAAUAUUUGAUUUUGACUCCCUUCCAUCUAUGCUCAUUUUUCUUGAAUCUGUUAUAGUGGUCUUCUGCUAGUGUACUUUCCCCAAAUGCAAAAGACCAUGAGUUGAUUUUGGACCACUUAUAGAAUUGACUUUCAAAGCACACAUUUCUACAAAGAACACUGUUUCAAAAAUAAAAUCAAAGGACUGUCAGCUUAGAGUCAGCAAAAUGUGAUUAAGAAAGGAAAAUGUCCCUGUGUGUAUCUUAAGAACUAGCACAUUAACAGUGUACACAUUUGUGUACAGAUCUGUCUACACAUUUUACAUUAACAAGUUACUAGUUAACCAACUUCUUGAGACAUAUGCAUUGCCACAUUUUGAUACAUCUUUAUUUUGACUUUAUGAUUUAAAGUAAACGACUUCUUUAAACAUACAUGUUCCGUUAUUUUGAUACACAAUUUACUUUGACUUGAUGGUUUAAACUAUCAGUGCAUGUCUGUACAAAUUCCUAUGCAAUAUUACACAACUCUUUUAUGUAUGUCAACAAACGCAGAUAAAAAUAAACACCUUAUGGUUAUAUGCAAUCCAUUUAAAAGGGUACAACUAUACCUUUCUAGUCUUUAACUUAUUUGUGUUCUAUUGAAACUUUUGUUUACUAACUAUGUGAUAAGUUCUAUAAGCUUAUAAACUUAUAACCUUCAUGUGUGUAAGCCAUUUUGUUUUUUAAACCUAAGUUAACUUUAAGUUGUUUUUUUAUCCUUUUGACUCUUCACUUUCUUUCUUUCCAUGUUUUAUUUAUCUUUUCCAUUUAAAAAAGUCUUGAGAUUUUCUAUGUUUUAUGAGAGAAACAUUUGAAAAUUAAUGAAAUUUACACAUUAACAUCAAUUUGAAGAUAAACUUUUCAAAGUAAUUUUACAAACCAGAUUUCAUGAAAUAAGUUAAGUUUGCACCCUGUUAUUGUACACUUUCAAAAUUUGCCAAAUUUCGACAUUAUUUUCAUUUUAUUCAUUUGCUAUGUAUAUUGUUUAAUGUCUUUCUCUUUUUUGUUGUUGUACAUUUCCAUAUAUCUAUUUCCUUUCAUAAAUUAC